AUGGACCCCUUAGCUAUUUAUUCCAAUAACAGCGGACAGUCCGUUCCUUCAGCACCGCCCCCGCAGCUAUGGAUGAGUCCCCCCUCUUUUCACCCCCGACGGGUUGACCAUCCAUUAGAUGAACCUACCCUUGCUCAACGGACUGCUACCUUUCGUCAGCUCAAUCGACUCCCACAGACCCCCCGGCGUAUCCCCCGUCAAACAGCCUAUACGGGUAGCCAGCGAUACUUUCCGUCGCAACCUGUUGUUGUAAGAACUUAUUCCGCCGAUACUAAUGUACGAGGAACAAUGUCGCGACAUUCCAACCUUGAAUGCUAUCGUCCUACCAAGCUACCUCCGGUACAAGAUUUUGGUAUUGAAGGGAUCUUGCAGGCGAUAGAACCUGAUAUCCGGAAUACCCUUGACACUAUUGCCGAGAUAUGUGGGCGAAGCAAACUCAGCCUGGCUAAUGAGUACGGUAGCCACAGACCACCGUUGGGAGAGAUCCGUGCAACUUCAAGGCCAAUGGAUCAUACACUUUUAGCUGUGGAAGAAGCUAGCUCGAGCAACGAGCGGCUAGCCGACGAGAAUAUUGUGAUACUCGGAGACGAUAUAAGUACGCUUGACGGACGUGACGCGCCCUCGGCUAGAUAUCGCCUUUUUGAACAUCUUCCUGAAACCGUUGUCACCACCGAUCGCAAUAGCCAUUUAGCGUCAAGGAAUGAUGUUACUGCGAGCACGACUGCAGUGGGGGACGCUUUGUCAACCAGUGAAUCACAGCCCCAACCGCAUUCUUACCCACAAGAAGGGAAUUCGAGACCCUCAUCUUUUCCAUGGGCAUUUCUUGGAAAGCAUUCAAGCUUUGAACGUCGAGUACACCCACAGCCAAUCCAAACUCGGCCUGUUGUCUCUGAAAUCCAUCUCGACGUCAACGCUAGCAGGCCCUGUCAACAAGCCUUAUUGUCACAGCAGCUCGGGUCGACAGGCGAUAGAAACCCGAUCAGCACAAAAAAACUUGGACUUGCAGAGAAUCACAGGUCUUUUUUUUCUGACCUGGGAAAUUUGUUUGGCUGGCUCAAGCAAAACAGUGACAUCAAAGCCAAUAACAUGAAUCAAAGAUAUGUCACCGCGGAAAACAAACUUCGGGAUGCCUUACUUAAAUAG